AGCAGCUAAAAAACAAAAAAUCCAUCUGACGAAUAUUUAAGUAACCUCCUCCUAUAGCAGGAACUUGGUAACUUUCCCCUUUGCCUUAGAGGUCAGGUGUGCUGCAAAUCUUGGUUGGCUUCUUCCCUUGUUAUAAGUAGGAUGAGGUUGAGGCCCAGCGACGCUUAGAGCACAUAAGUAAAGCAAACGGCUCGCUUUCCCUCUGAGUCUUAAGCUUGUCCCUUCAUGCAAAGUAUGGGGGUGGCUGACAAUACGUUACACAGAAGCAGUCAAGAAGAGGCUGGCCGAACAACGAGGGUGGUUGAUUCGGAAAAUACAUUUGAUGAAACCGAAGUCGAGGACAGAGGAAGGCUUGGGGUUCACGCUGAGACAGCGGCACGGGAACGCAUGCUCACGUCGAUUUUCAUGAGCGUGUCACUGGUGAUCGCCGUCGUAUUUGGUGGAUACUUGAAUGGAAAAGGCCUCGUCGGCGUACUGACACUGUUUUUCCUGCAGUUCAGUUGCCUCGGCGCCGUCUGCUCUCUGACCAUCAGCUCCGAGGAAGGCAUUGGAGGGGAAUGGGCCAAAGGGAUCAACGUGAUUCCGGAUAUCUUCGCUGCGGUUGGAGGUAUGAUCGCGGCGUUGCCCUUAGUGGUGCCCUUUUUCGAGAAUUGUUUUGAUUGGUUCUACGCCAUCUACAGCACGCCCGCGCAUGCAGCGUGCUCCUUUCUGGAUCCCACCAUGCAGGCAGGGACCGUUGCUAACAUCGCGGUGCGCGGCGAUAUGAAUGUGGCCUAUCCUGCGAGCGCCAUGGCGUACUUUCUGGGGGACUUCGUCGCCUUCAGCUUGCCCAUCGGCCUCCUCAUUGUCGCGGAUGCGGAGUCGCAACGCUACCUCAUGUUGGGCGUCAUUCCUGGCGUCUUCUGCAUUCCCGUGGCACUCUUCAUUACCUAUCUCUUUUUGUACAUUCAAGAACCUAUGGUGAACUCCAAGAUUGAAGCGAACCCGGUGCUCGACUUCCAUCUGAAGAUCGAUCUCGUGGCGAGCACACUGGCGGUGACUACGCCUUGCUGGAUAGUGGCAGCGCUGAUGGCGGUCUGCUUGAAGCUGAGUCCUGCCCUCCUGACCACCCUGUUCGUGGGCUUCGGCACCGGCUUGAACUACUUCUUGCGCACGGCUUUGAUGCUCUCCAUUCUUCAGCACAUCGGCGGCCUCAUUUGGCUCUUCAAAGACAUUCCACUAUUACAAAUGCAACCCCUGAUCAAGGACAGCACCAACGAACAGUACUUCGUCUACACGCAGACAACGGGGCUGGAGGUGGCCGCGUCCAUCGGAAUUGCUCUGAGUGGGACCCUGCCGUUCAUGCACUUGCUGCGGGAGAAAUACCUAUCGACCGUAACUUCGGUGGGCCGCGCCGUGGCUUUCAAGGACCCGCAAGGUUUUGGUAUUCUCGGACUGGCUGGCUCACUCUCCUCUAUGAUGGUGUUGUUCAACAUGAUGCCGCGGAUUUCCCCCAAGGAGUGUGUUGCGGCGGUCGCGUUCAGCAUUCCCGCUGCUUAUCUGAUUGGCGGCCAUCUGGCGUUUUCCAGCAUCUACCAGCCGCCCCUGUGCGCGCCACUGUUGACAGGGAAGGUGAUCGGCGGCUUCGUGGCAAUGUGGGUCGCACGCUUGACGACGUGCCGUCUGGUCGAGGACGAGCACGAGAAUCACGGGGAGGAAACAAUUGAAAGACGCAUUACCGAGGCUCGCAAGAGCAGGGUUCCUGGCAGUGGGCCAAUGUUCCUGGUCGGUGGUGACGCUCAAGAAAGGCGUCGGGUGUCUACUCAAGAAGGGCGUAGGAUGCUGCCCGAAGGAGAGGAUGACGGGGGACUGCGGGAACGGAAGAUGGCGCAUCGGGAUGUCGUGUUGCUCGGCGAGUACUGCGAGCACAGGGAGUCCAUCGGGGGUCAGCACUGUGCGCCUCGAGUUAUCAACUUGCGCAACACUCUCGCACAGCAGCAGCAGGUCACGCGCGAUUUGGUUCAGAACAUCCAGGACCACAUUCAGGCGCACAUCGAGAGCAACCUUGAGGGUGAGAAAGGCGCAGCUACAUGCGGGGACCUGAAAAGAAUCGAGGAUCAUCUGAAGGCCCCCUUAUUAUAG